UUGUUGACAUUAGACCAGAAAUUUCUAAACAGCGUGGUAGGGUAACUGAACCUAAUUAGAUAAAUUCCAGUGUUGCAUUAAUUAAAACUUUGUGAUUUUGUGAGUUUUAAUACUAAUCCAGUAUCAUGGAUCAGAUGCAACUAGAACUUUUGAAAGAAUUUGUUAAAAAUUUAAAGAGGGACCCAGAUACGAUACACUUGCCAGAGUUGAGCUUUUUCAAGGAAUGGCUAGUUAGUUUAGGGGCAAAUUUACCUCUUCCAAGUAAACCAGAGCCCCCAAAAGGGGAGACAAAACCAGAACCUACAAAGGAACCUGAGCCUGAACCUGUACCAGAGCCAGAACCUGAACCAGAAAGUGAAGAAAGUGAUUUAGAAUUGGACGAGGAAGGUGUGAUUACUGAUGAUGAUGAGGAACUACCUGAGUAUGCUGAUGCCAGUCUGGAAGUCACAGAAGAAAUGUUAGAUUCAGCCGAUGAGAAAAGGAGUGCUGCUAUGUCAGCCAUGUCUGAAGGAAACUUGGAAGAGGCUGUGAAAAUAUUUACAGAGGCCAUCAAGGUCAACCCAAUGUCUGCUUUAUUGUAUGCAAAGAGAGGAAGUGCAUUUAUCAAAUUGAAGAAAUUAAAGAAAGCUAUACAUGAUUGUGAUAAAGCCAUUGAACUAAAUCCAGAUUCUGCUCAAGGAUAUAAAUGGAGAGGAAUGGCCAAAAAGAAACUAGGACAGUGGGAGGAUGCCUACCAUGAUCUAACAAUGGCCUGUAAACUGGAUUAUGAUGACACUGCUAAUGAGUUGUUACAUGAUGUUACACCAAAUGCAAAGAAAAUAAUUGAACACAAAAGGAAAUAUGAUAGAAAGAAGCAGGAAAAAGAAUUGAAUGCCAGAAAAGAAAGAAUCAGGAAAGCAAAAGAAGAUUAUGAAAAACAAAGACAGGAAAGCAGCACUAGUUCAUCUGGAGGAUUUCCAGGGGGAUUCCCAGGUGGUUUCCCAGGAGGAUUUCCUGGAGGUAUGGGUGGUAUGGGAGGCAUGCCAGGUGGUAUGGGAGGCAUGCCUGGUGGCAUGGGAGGUAUGCCAGGAGGAAUGGGAGGUAUGCCCGGUGGCAUGGGAGGUAUGCCAGGUGGUAUGGGAGGCAUGCCAGGUGGCAUGGGAGGCAUGCCUGGUGGUAUGGGAGGAGGAGGAAUGCCUGGAGCAGGAGCUGGGGCCGGAGGUGGAGGUGGAAUGCCAGAUUUAUCCAAGCUACUCAGUGAUCCAGAAAUUCUUUCUGCAUUCCAGGAUCCUGAAGUGUCUGCAGCAUUUCAAGACAUCAGUACAAAUCCAGCUAACAUUUCUAAAUAUCAAAAUAAUCCUAAGGUUCAGACACUUAUCAACAAAAUGGCUGGAAAGUUUGGUCAACCACCACCAGAGUAAUUUACACUGUAAAACGACACUACUAUCACAUCAUCUUCUGAAUGAAAGAGUUUAGAACUACAAAUUGACAUUUAUAUAGUUAUGCUAAGUACAGAUUUGUGUAUGAUUUUUGUUUUACUGUUUUGUUAAUGUUUAUGUUAGUUUUUCAUAGAAAAUGCAUCAAAAUUGAUUUUCUAAUUCACAAGUAUUUAUUUGUAAUGAAGGUUCAGAAAUAGCCAAGGAAAUGGCAAAUUUAUAAUGGAACUGAGAAGAUUAUCAACCUUUAUGUUAGACCAAAAUGUUUCUUUUCUUGCAUCAGGCUGUGAAUAUACCUUUAUCUUAGUUCAAAUUAUCUGGUUUUAAAAAUGUUGAAAUGUAGUGGAAAAUUAUUAAAUUCAAAAAUAAAAAUUUUUAUCUGUACCAUAUUUAGCCCAAAAACUGAGAGAAAAAAACCUAAUCAGUAUUCAUAAUUUGUGCCAUAAAAGUUAAAACUUGUCAUAAAAGUAUACAACAUUUUAUCAGUUUAUGCUCAACUGAAUGUUGGAAAUAAGCAGUACUAAUUGCGGUAACAGCUUUCAAUCUAUACAGAUACCAAUUCAAAGUUCUUUCAAUAUUCUUCAGACAUGUCUGACAUGAAAUCAUGUUUUCAUAAAGUGUUAAAACUGAAAAAUAUAACCAUGUGUUUUUCAUAAUGAACAGCUAUUGAUAAGAUUACUCAAAAUGCCAUUUAUGUUGCUGCAUAUUCCUCUAUUAUAUUAUGUUUAUUGGUUGUAUUUUUUAAAAUCAGAAAAUGAGUGUAAAAGCAUUUAAAAUUAUUUUAAGAAAAGCAUUUUACUGUGCAAAUAAUCUCAUCAUAGAUACCAUAUGACAUCUGUUUAACACAUGAAAGGGUACAUCAGAAUUUGGUGUCCACUAUAAAGUUAUCCUAUAUAAAAGAAGCUAGAGCUAUAGAACUUUAAUAAUUAAAAUGAUCAAAUUUUACUUGUAAAUUUAAGUAUGUUCUUAAAACUACGGAUGCAGCUCAUCUGAAAAAGAUGGCUUGUUUUGGUUCUUCAGACUUGUUUUAACUAUAACCCUUUUGGUUUUGAUGCAUAGAAAUUUUAUUAUAUUUAUUUAUUUUUAUUUCUAAAUUUAAGUUCUACCACAAAUCUACUAAAGAUUAUUCCAGACAUGUGUGUUGUGAAAACUGAAAUGCAUCUUUUUCUUUUGUGUAUCAUUCAUUUUGUUUUGUACCAAACACAUUUUUCUUUGAAUAGAUUUAACUCAUGAUAAGAUUUGUCAGACAAGUCUUAUUUAGGGCUUUACAUUUGUUGUCCUAAUAUAACUUCAAUCGUGAAAUGAUAAAUUGCGCAUUUUGUAUAUUUAUGUAGAACAAUUUAUUGCAUGCACACAUGUAAGGUUUUGGUAUUCUUAAUAAAAUAUCAAAUAUUGAUUUUUUAAAUAAACAACUGAUAUAUAUA